GGAAAACUUUUACAAGUGAAUUUGCUUGUAAACUUAGAAACAACUCUUCAAGCUUUUCAAGAAAAAAUAAACGAUAUCUAUCUCGAAUAUGCAAACCAGUUUAACAUUGACGAAGGAGAGUACCAUCUCGAUAUUUUAUAUGACAGGAAAAAUGCAACUGUUAAAAUCAAUAAAAUAGAAGACCUUGGAGACAACGUUUAUAUUUCUACAAAAUAUAACAACUUGGCAUGGUAUAGGUUUUUGAGGAUGUUAAAUCAGCCUGCAGAAUAUCCAGUACACCCGGACUUUUAUGAAGUCGAAAACCCUAAUGGAACAUAUGAAAAUGUUUUCGACUCAGAUGCUAUUAUAGUUCAUGCUUCAUUUUCUGGCGCCCAAAACUCUUUUUUAUGCUUGGCAAAUGACUUUUACGAAAAACCUACAAAGCUAUAUGAACCACCAAGUGGAAGUAUUUCAGACUUUCAAGUAUGGUUUACAACAGAUGGAAGAAAGAGAAUAGUUCCAUUAUACCAUGCGUUUUACUUAGAACUUAGUUUCAUAUACAACUACUAUCGAACGGUAAAAAUAUAA